AUCAAUAUCGACAAUACGUUCGUCGCCGUUCGACGACGUCGUUUCUCUCUUGUUGCGAAGUGCAUCCAAGUUGGGACAAUCGUUCCACCGCGAAAUCGACGUGCGUGCAACAAAUACAUAAAAUCGAGGAGGAACGUGCAGCAGAAAACUAAAUCGAUUAACCGAAUACAAGGUUUACUACGAGUUCGCUCACGGGAUGGCGCCACCGAUGUCCGACAAACGUCAUCCAUUGAAGUAGGUUGGGUUGCCAGCGCUGACGGUCGCAUGACUAUUUUGUUGUCCUGUGACUUCAUCGUGGAUCGACACAUGAUCAAGAGGACGGCCUAGUCGAACGUGUGCGUGUGUGGUGUUUCCAGUGUGCGUUUCGGGGCCCUCGUUUACUCGCAAUGUCGACGGUGUUGUGACGGGACAAAACUCGCGAAAUUUGGAUGAUGCACUCGCUUUGGGUCACUGGACGUUUGUUGUCGCGCGCUAUCUGGAAUGGUAUAUCGAACAUAUCGUCGGCCGCGGAUCCGAAUCUGCAGCGAAAAUCGGACCCCUGUUUGGUGUCAGCUGUUUGCGGCUUCUCGAAGGAGAGGAAGAUCCAAAGACUGUUGAAGGGCCAGUUCGGCGACGAUGCAUGGUUCAUCGCCAAGAACAAAUCGGCCGAUGUUUUGGGUGUGGCCGACGGCGUGGGUGGUUGGCGCGCUUACGGGAUAGAUCCCGGCGAGUUCUCCAAUCAUCUAAUGAAGAGCUGCGAACGACUUGUCAAUCUAGGCCGCUUCCAGCCUACCAAUCCCUCCGAACUGUUAGCCAAGGGCUACUACGAACUGCUACACCACAAGAAGGCCAUACUGGGAAGUAGUACGGCCUGCGUGGUGGUACUCAAUCGCGAGAACAGCACCCUGUACACCGCGAACAUCGGCGACAGCGGUUACAUGGUGGUGCGACGGGGCGAGGUCGUCCACCGGUCCGAAGAGCAGCAGCACUACUUCAACACGCCGUUUCAGCUCUCGCUACCGCCGCCCGGUCAUCAGGAAGGCGUGCUCAGCGACACACCGGACGCGGCCACCACGCACAACUUCCCCGUCGAAGACGGCGACGUCAUCUUGGUUGCGACUGACGGCGUCUUCGACAACCUGCCCCAGAGCAUCAUAGUCAACGAAUUAAUUAAGGUCCAAGGGGAAAGAUGCGCGUCCCGACUCCAAAUGGUAGCUAAUUCGAUAGCAUGGAUGGCCCGCAGUUUGUCCUUCGAUGAGACGUUCAUUUCGCCUUUCGCCGAGAGCGCCUUCGCCAAUGGUAUUAAUACGAUAGGUGGUAAACCUGACGACAUCACCGUGAUUCUUGCAACCGUUGCAAUAUGAAGCCUUUGUCGUAUAGGUAGUGCUAAAUAAAAUUGUUCGUCUAUUGCUAGCAAAUUAGUUUGUAUUUCCUCAUUACAUUUUUGUUGUAAUUUUAUUUCGCUCAUUCAUUCAAUCAUUUCUAUUUAUACGCUAAUUACACAUACGGUGAGUUUAUUUGGACCUUUGUGAAAUUAAUUGUUGGGUGUAUUUAUUGAAUAAAAUCAUGUCAUCGCCUUGAACACCAUUUUAGAUUUACGUCGUUUAUUUUAUUUAGUUGCUAUAUGUGUAAAUCACUGUUAAAUAUCCUUUAAAAUGUGCAACAAAUCUAACAUGUUUUGAAUCUCUUCAUCGCUUUCAGCUAAACAUGUUAGAUCUGUUUUGGAAGAGUGUAUUCGCGAUUCUAUACUUGAACCUUGAAGAUUGUUUAAGAGAAUCAGACCCAGGAAUACAGUAUUGAAAGAAGCCCCUUUUAAGGAUCCCUUAAACGAUCUUGUAGAAAAAAGUACUGAGUCUUUUUCAAAUCGAUGACACUUUGCUCAAUGCUUUUUUCUUAAUAGUUAGUACCUGACAUGUUUUCACUUCAGAAUGGAAUGGUCAAGCUACGUUUUAAAUGCGUUUCCCAAAAUGGAAUAAUUUUGUGGAAUGCGUUUGAUGUGAACAAUGCAUAUACACUGUGCCAUUUUAAAUAAGACUAUCGAUCAUGUUGAACUAAUUCGAACGAACUAAACUGCUUUUAUUUAAUGGGUUUCAAACUCAAUAUUGUUCGUGACCUAAUAUCAAAACGUAAUAUAAGUCUUUUAUAAAAUAUUUCGUUAAUGUAGGAUUUAAGGGUGUGCACGAAAGAUUUAUAUUACGUAGAUUUGUGAUUAUAAUUUUACAAUUCGACUGAAUCCGCUGUAGAACUAUAUCUUUAUUUUUUGUGCUGUAGAAGUAUGAAUUCUUUAUUUUUGUUCUUGUUUUGUGAUUUUUAAUACUUUUUUGUGUCUUUUAUGAAAAAUAUGGUUUAGGGAUAAAUAGUCAUAACUAUUUUUUUGGUAACUGGAAUUUGUUUUCAAAUUUCUGGCCUGUAUUAAAGUUCACAAAAUGCAGAUGUUACUUCUUGAUGUAUACUUACAUAUUGCUGAACUUUAUGUAAGAGAACGUCAAAGGCUAAUGUGCUGUUUCUAAAUGUUUUAAUUAUUGUAGAUAUCUUAAAGGAUACAGUGAUUAUGAACCAAAUAAUUUCAACCUAAUAUUUAGGUUGGAAGUUUUGUUUCCUCCUCAUUAAUUAAUAAAAUGUAUACUCAACACUUGUUUCUUUGCAGCUGUGAAAACAGAUUUUUUAGUUAUAAUAAAUAGUUGUUAAAAAUUA